AUGCCGAAGAUUAAUCACGUCGUCAUCGUAGGAGCUGGCCCUUCCGGUCUCUUGCUUGGAAUCCUCCUAGCGAAGAACCUGAGCAUCAAAGUUACCAUACUCGAUGCGGAUACCAAGAUCAACGACAACCCGCGGGCUGCUCACUAUGCGCCUUCAGCGGUCUACGACUUCCAUCGCGCAGGCAUCAUAGACGAUGUACGUGCUGUCGGGCUGCACCCCAAAGGUGUAUGCUGGCGAUUGCAAGAUGGAACUUUCUUGGGUGGCAUGGGCCGCGACCCAGAAGACUCAAAAUACGCAAUGGUUGUGCUACCGCUCGAUCAAUUAGGCCCCCUACUUGUGAAGCAUUUUGAAAGCUACCCGAACACCGAGAUCAAGUGGGGCCACAAAUUGACCGGUGUGGAACAAGACGACAACAGCGCGACCGCGGUUGUCGAGACAAAGGAUGGCGAGAAGAAGAAGAUUACAGGCGAUUAUCUAGUUGGUGCUGAUGGCGCAUCGAGUGGUGUGCGCACAGCGUUAUUCGGAAAGGAAUAUCCGGGAGAGACGCUGAAGGCGCAAAUUGUUGCUACCAAUGUCUACCUACCAUUCGACGAACGCUUCGACUGGUGGGAUUCGAACUUCAUCGUCCACCCCACGGAUUGGUACAUGGCCGCCAAGAUCACCAACGACGGCCUCUGGCGAGUGACAUACGGCGACUCUGAAGGCCUCUCAAAAGAAGAGCUCGUGAAACGUCAACCCCUCCGCUACGAGCAAAUUCUGCCCGGUCACCCCAAACCCAAUGAGUACAAGCUCAAGAGCAUGAGCCCUUACAAACUCCAACAAAGAUGCGCGCCCAGCUUCCGCGUAGGCCGAAUUAUACUAGUCGCCGACGCAGCGCAUCUGUGCAAUCCAUUCGGCGGUAUGGGUCUCACAGGCGGUUUCGCCGACGUAGGCUCCCUCUACGACUGCUUCACCGGCAUCCACCUCGACGAACUCGACGACUCCAUCCUCGACAAGUACUCUGAAAUCCGCAUCAAGAUCUGGCGCGAGAUGAUCGACCCCAUGUCGCGCGAAAACUUCCACCGCCUCUGGGACCCCGAGCACGAGGAGAAGAGGAAGGAGUUCUUCAAGAUGUGUGAGAGGGCGAGUGAUGAUCCGGUGUGGGGGAAGAGCGUUGCAGAGACUAUACAUCAAGUUCGACAUGAUUUCACGCAGUACUUUAAGAGUAAGCAGAACGUGAGUGGGAAAGCGAUGGGGGAGCUGGCCACGGCAAAUGGGGUGUUGGCGGAGAAUAGCGCGGCGGCGUAG